GAAUAUCGCGGCUGGAGCGCUGGAGUUGCUCGAGCACUCAGCGGCUACAGUCAUGGCUGAGCGCCGCGCCUUUGCCCAGAAAAUCAGCAGGACUGUAGCGGCUGAGGUCAGGAAGCAGAUUGCUGGUCAGUACGGAGGCUCACCUCAGCUUCUCAAAAACCUCAGUGUGGGUGGGAAUGCAGCUAGCAAUGCUAUUCCUCUGACAGAGGCUGUAGAGCCAGUGGAUUUUGAAGAGUAUUUGAUCACACACCCUCCCCUUAUAGAGUCAGGACCUCUGAGAGAUCUGAUUGAGUUUCCUCCAGAUGACAUUGAAGUGCUUUACACGCCAAGAGAGUGCCGGACUCUUGGCCAGGCUGUGCCUGAGGAGGGUGAGAAUGAUCCACAUGUCAGAGACUGCGUCCGGUCUUACACUGAGGACUGGGCCGUUGUUAACCGCAAGUACCACAAGUUGGGCACCGCAUUCAAUCCCAACACUUUGGAUAAGCAGAAGGAGAGGCAGAGAGGUUUACCCAAGCAGGUUUUUGAGUCUGAUGAGUUGCCAGAUCACAGCAGCUAUCAGGAUGAUCAGGAUGAUCUGAAGCGAAGGUCCAUGUCAAUUGAUGACACUCCACGUGGCAGCUGGGCUUGCAGUAUAUUUGACCUGAAGAACUCUCAGCCUGAUGCUCUGCUGCCUCAUCUUCUGGAUCGAGUACCCAACGAGGAAAUCGACCACCACAAUGAGGACCAGCGCAAGUCAAACCGUCAUCGAGAGCUCUUCGCACUGCAUCCUGCUUUGGAUGAGGAAGAACCCAUUGAGCGCCACUGUGUGCCUGAUGUUCCAAAAGAACAUUUUGGUCAAAGGCUUCUUGUCAAGUGCUUGUCCUUGAAGUUUGAGAUUGAAAUUGAGCCAAUAUUUGCAAGUUUGGCCUUAUAUGAUGUCAAAGAAAAGAAGAAGAUAUCAGAGAACUUUUACUUUGAUUUGAACUCUGAGCAAACGAAGUUCAUGCUGCGACCUCACAUCCCAUCUGCUGCUAUCUCCACCCUGGCCCGCUCUGCUGUCUUUUCUAUCACCUACCCUUCUCAAGACGUUUUCCUUGUUAUCAAGCUUGAGAAGGUGCUUCAGCAAGGAGACAUUGGAGAAUGUGCAGAGCCUUACAUGGUCUUUAAAGAAUCUGAUGCUGCCAAAAAUAAGGAAAAGCUUGAGAAGUUGCGCAGUCAGUCCGAACAGUUCUGCCAGCGACUAGGGCGUUAUCGGAUGCCCUUUGCCUGGACGGCCAUACACCUCAUGAACAUAGUGAACAGUGCCGGCAGCCUAGAGAGAGACACAGAGCUGGAGAUGGGGCUGUCAGAACGGAAAGGCUCUUGGUCCGAACGGAGGAACUCGAGUAUUGUGGGGCGUCGUUCGCUGGAGAGAACCACCAGCGGAGAUGAAUCAUGCAGUCUGACUAGCUUUAGACCAGCCACCCUGACGGUCACCAACUUCUUCAAACAGGAAGGAGAUAGACUAAGUGAUGAAGAUCUCUACAAGUUCCUAGCCGACAUGCGGCGCCCAUCCUCUGUGCUGCGUAGACUGAGGCCCAUUACAGCCCAGCUGAAGAUUGACAUCUCACCAGCCCCCGAGAACCCUCACUACUGCCUGACGCCUGAUCUGCUCCAAGUGAAGCCUUACCCAGACAGUCGAGUGCGGCCAACAAAAGAGAUCCUGGAGUUCCCUGCCAGGGACAUUUAUGUGCCCAACACCACUUACAGGAACCUGCUGCAUGUGAACCCACAGAGCCUGAACUUUGCUAACCGUCAAGGCUCAGCCCGUAACAUUACAGUGAAAGUACAGUUCAUGAAUGGGGAAGAUCCUAGCAAUGCUAUGCCUGUAAUCUUCGGGAAAUCCAGUUGUGCAGAGUAUUCAAAGGAGGCAUAUACUGCUGUAGUCUAUCAUAAUCGAUCACCAGAUUUCCACGAUGAAGUUAAAAUCAAGCUACCAGCCUCGCUGACCGACCAUCAUCACAUCCUUUUUACUUUCUACCAUGUUAGCUGUCAACAGAAACAGAACACUCCACUGGAGACGCCUGUUGGAUACACGUGGAUUCCCAUGCUGCAAAAUGGACGCUUGAGAACAGGUCACUUCUGCCUUCCAGUAUCUCUGGAGAAACCGCCUCAGUCUUACUCUGUUCUCUCUCCUGAUGUUCCUCUUCCUGGAAUGAAAUGGGUGGAUAACCACAGAGGGGUGUUUAAUGUAGAGGUUGUGGCUGCAUCCGCCAUCCACACACAGGACCAGUAUUUAGAUAAGUUCUUUGCACUGGUGCAUGCGCUGGAUGAGCACAUGUUCCCUGUGAGGAUAGGAGACAUGCGCAUUAUGGAGAAUAAUCUGGAGGCAGAGCUGAAAGCUGAUAUAGCAGCUCUAAAUUCCUCUCAGCUGGAGCCUGUGGUGCGCUUCCUCCACCUACUGCUGGACAAACUGGUGUUGCUGAUGGUGCGGCCACCUGUCAUAGCCGGCCAGAUAGUGAAUCUUGGUCAGGCUUCUUUUGAAGUGAUGGCAUCCAUAGUGAACCGUCUACAUAAGUACUUGGACACUAGCCAAGAUAUGCAUGGGCGAAACAGUUUCUUUCCUCUGCCCAGGACCAGUCCCAACUCCCCAUCUCCAGGCCCUGGAGGAUUGGGCGGUUCAGUGCAUUAUGCCACCAUGGCCCGUUCUGCUGUUAGACCGUCAAGCCUCAACCUCAACCGCUCUCGUAGCCUUAGCAACAGCAACCCAGACAUCUCUGGCACUCCUACUUCCCCAGAUGAUGAAGUACGCUCCAUCAUUGGCAGCAAGGCCAUGGAGCGCAGUGGCAAUCGCAUGUCAUCGCACACUGAGAGCGCCAGUUUCUUGCAAACAUUAACAGGACGCUUGCCAACCAAAAAGCUCUUUCAUGAGGAGCUUGCCCUGCAGUGGGUGGUCAGCAGUGGCAGCGUGAGAGAGGGAGCCCUGCAACAGGCCUGGUUCUUCUUUGAGCUUAUGGUUAAGAGCAUCAUUCACCACUUGUACUUUACUGACCGCCUGCAGUCUCCCAGGAAGAACCGCUUCCCUGAGCGCUUCAUGGAUGACAUCACCGCUCUGGUUAGCACCAUUGCAGGUGACAUCGUCUCACGUUUCCAGAAGAGGAUGUUUGGUCUUCAUAAGAAGGUCAUCAGCGUGGUUCAUAAUCUGCUGUCCAGUCAUGACUCAGACCCACGUUAUGCUGACCCUGAGGUCAAAGCUAGAGUUGCCCUGCUCUACCUACCACUCAUAGGCAUUGUGAUGGAAACCCUUCCCCAGCUCUAUGAUUUCACCGAAUCCCAUAAUCAGUGGGGUCGUCCUGGUGGUCCAGGUACCGAGGAGCAGGAAGCUGAGGGCAACAGUAUGAUCAGCCAGACUGUUGCCAUGGCAAUUGCAGGGACCUCUGUGCCACAGAUGUCACGGCCUAGUAGUUUUCUGCUAAAUACACAGGCCACCCGUCAGCAUGGCUCGUUCUCAGCUGAGUCCAGUCGUAGUCUGCUCAUCUGUCUGCUGUGGGUGCUGAAGAAUGCAGAUGAGAUGGUGCUUCAGAAAUGGUUCACUGACCUGUCUGUCUCUCAGCUCAGUCGUCUGUUGGAUCUGCUCUACCUCUGUGUCUCCUGCUUCGAAUACAAGGGCAAAAAGGCAUUUGAACGUAUGAACAAUGAUCAGUCAAGAAAAAAAGCAUGUCCAGAUCUUGAAUUGGUGGAAAGGCUCAACACCAGCUUGGCCUUCUUCCUCAAUGACCUCCUGUCAGUCAUGGAUAGAGGCUUUGUCUUCUCUCUCAUCAAAACCUACUGGAAACAGGUGUCCACCAAGCUCUAUGCACUACAGAACCUCACUCUAGAGUCUCUGAGACUAGACUUCCUGAGGAUCGCCUGUAGCCAUGAACACUACGUCACUCUAAACCUGCCCUUCAGUCUAUGCAGUGAUUUUGGUGGGGAGAGAAGUCCAUCAGGCAGUGCUUUUGGCAGCCAGGAGAACCUGCGCUGGAGAAAAGACAUGACUCAUUGGCGUCAGACCAGCGAAAAGAUGGACAAGACCAGGGCUGAGCUGGAGCAUGAAGCAAUUAUUGAUGGCAACCUGGCAACUGAAGCUAAUCUCAUCAUAUUGGAUACGCUAGAAAUAAUAGUUCAGACGGUGUCAGUGACGGAGUCCAAAGAAAGCAUUCUGGGAGGGGUUCUGAAGGUCCUGCUACACAGCAUGGCAUGUAAUCAAAGUGCCCUAUAUUUGCAACACUGCUUCGCUACACAGAGAGCUCUCGUGUCAAAGUUUCCAGAGCUGCUGUUUGAGGAGGAGACCGAGCAGUGUGCUGACCUGUGCCUGCGGCUCCUGAGGAAUUGUAGCAGUAGCAUCAGCACCAUCAGAGCCCACGCCAGUGCCUCCCUCUACCUCCUCAUGAGACAGAACUUUGAGAUUGGAAAUAACUUUGCACGAGUGAAAAUGCAGGUGACCAUGUCUCUUUCGUCUCUGGUGGGUACGUCCCAGAACUUCAAUGAGGAGUUUCUGCGGCGUUCACUCAAGACCAUCCUCACAUAUGCAGAAGAGGACCUAGAGCUCAGAGAAACCACCUUUCCUGACCAGGUUCAAGAUCUGGUGUUUAACCUGCACAUGAUUCUUUCGGACACAGUAAAAAUGAAGGAACAUCAAGAAGAUCCAGAGAUGCUAAUUGAUCUGAUGUACAGGAUUGCUAAGGGCUACCAGACAUCCCCAGAUCUACGACUGACCUGGCUGCAAAAUAUGGCCGGGAAGCACUCAGAGAGGAAUAAUCAUGCAGAGGCAGCCCAGUGCUUAGUACACAGCGCCGCCCUGGUGGCGGAGUACCUCAGCAUGCUGGAGGACCGCAAGUACCUGCCUGUGGGCUGUGUCACCUUUCAGAACAUUUCCUCUAAUGUGCUGGAAGAAUCUGCUGUGUCAGAUGACGUGGUGUCCCCAGACGAGGAGGGCAUCUGCUCUGGGAAGUACUUCACUGAGGCAGGCUUAGUUGGGUUGCUGGAACAGGCUGCAGCCUCCUUUUCUAUGGCUGGUUUGUAUGAAGCAGUGAACGAAGUCUACAAAGUGCUCAUUCCUGUUCACGAGGCCAACAGGGAUGCCAAGAAACUAGCCACUAUUCAUGGUAAACUUCAGGAAGCCUUUGGCAAAAUUGUACACCAGAGCACAGGCUGGGAGCGGAUGUUUGGCACCUAUUUCAGAGUUGGAUUUUACGGUUCUAAAUUUGGUGACUUGGAUGAGCAGGAGUUUGUCUACAAAGAGCCAGCCAUCACCAAACUGGCUGAAAUCUCACAUCGGCUUGAGAGUUUCUAUGGUGAAAGGUUUGGUGAGGACCAAGUGGAAGUCAUUAAAGAUUCCAAUCCAGUCGACAAGUGUAAAUUGGACCCAAAUAAGGCCUUCAUUCAGAUCACAUAUGUUGAGCCAUACUUUGACACUUAUGAAAUGAAGGACCGCAUCACGUACUUCGACAAGAAUUACAACCUGCGCCGCUUCGUCUACUGCACGCCGUUCACACUCGAUGGAAGAGCUCACGGUGACCUGCAUGAACAGUUCAAACGAAAGACCAAUCUCACUACCUCCCACGCUUUCCCCUACAUCAAAACCCGCAUCAACAUCAUCCACAAAGAGGAGAUCAUCUCCACGCCAAUUGAAGUAGCCAUUGAGGAUAUGCAGAAGAAGACACAGGAGCUGGCUUUUGCAACUCAUCAGGACCCAUCUGAUGCCAAAAUGUUACAGAUGGUUCUGCAGGGGUCUGUUGGCACCACUGUUAACCAGGGCCCUCUCGAGGUGGCCCAGGUGUUUCUGUCUGAGAUCCCUAGCGAUCCUAAACUCUACAGGCACCAUAAUAAACUACGACUGUGCUUCAAAGACUUCACAAAGAGAUGUGAAGAUGCCCUUCGCAAAAAUAAGAGUCUGAUUGGUCCAGACCAGAAAGAGUAUCAGAGGGAGCUGGAGAGGAACUACCACAGAUUGAAAGAAGCUCUGCAGCCUCUCAUUAACAGGAAGAUCCCACAGCUCUACAAACCUGUGUUACAGGUCAACUCACACAGAGACUCUUUUAGCAGAAUGAGCCUUCGCAAGCUAGAUGUGUGAAGACUGAAGAAAUAAAAAGAACAAAUGCGGUUUUAUUUAUUUGUAUAUAUCAAUCCUCCUCACAAUAUCAGUGUUUCUGCCAUAAAGUAAAAAAAAAAAAAAAAAA